AUGGCUGAUGCGUGCUCUGUACCUGCACAACGCGGCGCGCAGAGUCAGCAGCGGCACGCGUCCUUGCCGCUGGGCGAGCCGGCGCCCACAGCCAACCCCGCCAGACCCAGCCGGCCGCCUAGUGCGCCCACCACCGAGGUGGCUGCUGCGCUGCUCAGGCACUGCAUGGCAGGCUCAGCCCCCGUGGAACCCAUCGCAACCGGCCACAUCGCCGAAGCGGCACCUCUUGGGCCCGCUUUCACCGCCGAGCCCCAGAUGCCGCCUCCUCAAGUCGUCCUCUGCCCUGCCGCCGGCGCCGGCGACACCGCCAACGCGCCAGCAGAUGCAACGGCGCGGCGGCCGCCGCUCAGCCGGCCGCCGUCGAACGACCCCGGCCUCGACGCCGUGCUGACGGCGCCUCGCGGCGACUGGGCUGACCUGUCGGGGGCUGUUGCUGAUGGCGCGGACAGGGCAACCAGCUGCGGCUACGAGAACCAUCACCACGACUGCGAGCUCUGGGGCGGCAGCGACGACGACGCCCCCUUCCUUGCAGCCGCAGACGACAGCCUCCUCAUCCGCUGCAGGCAGAUCGACGCGGCCCUCGCCUCGCAGCUCCAAAACGUGCGCCGCCGCGUGCCCCAGCGCCGCGGCGCCGCCGCCGGGGCCGCUGCGCCGGCCGAGGGCCGCUCGGCGGGCGCGCCCGGCGCUUCGACGGGCGCGGGGCCCGCACCCAAAAGCCGCGCGGCGGCUGCGUCGCCGGGGCUGCGCGGGCGGCCGCGUGGCGGCGCGCAGAUCAACAGGGAGCAGUGCGGCGGCGGCGGCAAGCGGCGGCGCGGGCCUGACAAGGGCGGCGGCAGGGUGCGCGUCGGCCCUUUGACCGCGAUGCCAACGCCGCUGCUGUGCACGUGCGAGGCCGCGCCCGCAGAGCGGCUCACUGUUGCUCAUGCGGCGGCAGGGGCGGCGGCGGCGGCGGCGGCGGGCCGUUGGGGCGCCGAGCGGGGUCUGCUUCUGCCGCCCGUCCUGCACCAGGCACCACUGCUGGCGAAUGCUCAGGUGUCCUCUCAUCUGGGCUGCAUGAUUCGGCGCGAUUCGUGCUUCGGCGGCCGUCCCAGCCUGGUGCAGCAUGUAGCAGCCGCGCCCACGGCUGCUGGCGCGGCGCUGGAGACCCGGGCCUGGGGUGAUUCGCCUGCGGCGCAGUCGCAGGCGGCCGUGUCGCCGCUGUUCCGGCAGGCGCCCGCGCCGCCGUGGCCGCCCGCAGAAACGUCGCUGUCCGGCCUGACCGCGGCGGGGGCGGCGGCUGCGGUGGCGGACGCGGCGACAGACGAGGAGGGUGCCGCUGCUGCCGCGGUCGAAGUGGCUGGGAUGGGCGCCGAGUGGGAGGACAAGGGCGAGGACAGCGAUGGUGAUGACGGCGACGACGCUGUCCGCGCGGCCUUUGUGUGCUUCAGGUCUGACGGGCCCAACGUGCAGCAGCCGCAGCCGAGCGGACUCUGCGGCUCCUGCUGCUGCGGCGGCGAUGAUGGUGCGCAGUGCGGCUGGGGGAGGGAGCUGCGAUCAGGAAUAUGCCGGCCGGAGGAGGAGUGGCACGGCGACACGCAGCAGCUGCGUGCCGCACUGCGCGCUGCCGCGGUUGCCGGCCGCCCGGCGUACGAGGCGGCGGCCGGCGCGGCGCCUGGGCAGGCGGGGCCGGGCCGGCGGGCGGGCGGCGGCGCGCCGCGAUCGCGGGCGCUGCGUGCUGCAAACUUCCUGGAUGGGUCCUCUGGUGCGUUUGACGAGGGGACUGCGCCAGUGGACGGUCCCAUCGCCAUCGCCAACCCAUUGCCUGCACAAGCAUCGAUGCUGCCGGACUGUUGUCAACAGCAAUGA